ACGACGGGUAGGAGAAAGGAGAGGAGGUAAAGAAGGGGCAGUGACCGAAAAGGGGGAGAGAAGGAGCGGGAGAGCACCCGGCUGCAGGCGGAGGCGCGGGCUAGUAGGAAGGAGCUGGAGCCUCUGGGUGCGAGCACCGGCGGCCCGAUUGGGCGCCCUGGCUGGGGCGUGGUGCAGCCGCGGCCUGGCGGAACGUGGUACAGAAGCUGGGACGCCAGAGGGUUCCUCUGGGAGCGGCAGGGGACCUGAGGUGGGGUCAGCCGGGAAGGGGACGGAGGUUCGCUCUGAGGGGGCCAAGGGCCGCCCUUCGGAGAUCCGGAGGGCCUGGGUUCCAGGCCUUUGGGUGCGGCGGCAGGGUGCGCGCACGCGAGUGUGAGCGCCGGGGCGGGAGGGAGCGCGCGUUAGGGAUUCUACCGGCAUCGUAGCGUGGAGAGCGGGAGGCAGGAGCAGGCGCGCAGGGGAGCGCGGGGCCCUCCCGCGUACACACAGGCCGCGCGCGCGCACACACGCCCUCUCUGCUCGCUGGUUGCUUUUGCCACAAUCCCGGAGCCGAGUCCUGCAGAGCGGGAACCGAGCCAGAGUGGGAAGCGGAGCGGAGGCCAGGCGGGGAUGCGGCCCCAGGACACUUCCUGUGCCCACAGCUCUGAGGCUCUGGUGUCCAUGGGCAAAGAGGGCAACUGAGUCAAGCCCAGGCUGACACCAGCCCAGUUGCACUCCCCAAAUGCCUGCCAGACCUGAGGUAAGCAAGAGGAUGCUGUCAGGGGGUGAGAAGAGCAUGCCCAGCCCCCUCCUGGCCUGCUGGCAGCCCAUCCUCCUGCUGGUGCUGGGCUCGGUCCUGUCAGGCUCAGCCACAGGCUGCCCACCCCGCUGCGAGUGCUCUGCCCAGGAUCGAGCGGUGCUCUGCCACCGCAAACGCUUUGUGGCCGUGCCCGAGGGCAUCCCCACCGAGACUCGCCUGCUGGACCUGGGCAAGAACCGCAUCAAAACGCUCAACCAGGAUGAGUUUGCUAGCUUCCCACACCUGGAGGCACUGGAGCUCAAUGAGAACAUUGUGAGCACUGUGGAGCCUGGCGCCUUCAACAACCUCUUCAGCCUCCGAACGCUGGGGCUCCGCAGCAACCGUCUGAAGCUCAUCCCCCUGGGUGUCUUCACUGGCCUCAGUAACCUGACCAAGCUGGACAUCAGCGAGAACAAGAUCGUCAUCCUGCUGGACUACAUGUUCCAGGACCUGUACAACCUAAAGUCGCUGGAGGUUGGUGACAACGACCUUGUCUACAUAUCCCAUCGAGCCUUCAGUGGCCUCAACAGCCUGGAGCAGCUGACACUGGAGAAAUGCAACCUGACCUCCAUCCCCACUGAGGCACUGUCCCACCUACACGGUCUCAUCAUCUUGAGGCUCCGGCACCUCAACAUCAAUGCCAUCCGGGACUAUUCCUUCAAGAGGUUGUACCGGCUCAAGGUCUUGGAGAUCUCCCACUGGCCGUAUCUGGACACCAUGACACCCAACUGCCUCUAUGGUCUCAAUCUGACAUCCCUAUCCAUCACGCACUGCAAUCUGACUGCUGUGCCCUACCUGGCUGUGCGUCACCUGGUCUAUCUCCGCUUCCUCAACCUCUCCUACAACCCCAUCAGCACCAUUGAGGGCUCCAUGUUACAUGAGCUGCUACGACUGCAGGAGAUCCAGCUGGUAGGUGGGCAGCUGGCUAUGGUGGAGCCCUAUGCCUUUCGUGGCCUCAACUACCUGCGUGUGCUCAAUGUCUCUGGCAACCAGCUGACCACACUGGAGGAGUCUGCCUUCCACUCAGUGGGCAACCUGGAGACGCUCAUCCUGGACUCCAACCCACUGGCCUGCGACUGCCGGCUUCUGUGGGUAUUCCGGCGCCGCUGGCGGCUCAACUUCAACCGGCAGCAGCCCAUGUGUGCCACGCCUGAGUUUGUCCAGGGCAAGGAGUUCAAGGACUUCCCCGAUGUGCUCCUUCCCAACUACUUCACUUGCCGCCGUGCCCGCAUCCGGGACCGCAAGGCCCAACAGGUAUUUGUGGAUGAGGGCCACACGGUGCAGUUUGUGUGCCGGGCCGAUGGAGACCCGCCUCCCGCCAUCCUCUGGCUAUCACCCCGCAAGCACUUGGUCUCUGCCAAGAGCAAUGGGCGGCUCACAGUCUUCCCUGAUGGCACACUGGAGGUACGCUAUGCCCAGGUACAGGACAAUGGCACGUACCUGUGCAUUGCAGCCAAUGCAGGCGGCAACGACUCCAUGCCCGCCCACUUGCAUGUACGCAGCUACUCACCUGAUUGGCCCCAUCAGCCCAACAAGACCUUCGCCUUCAUCUCCAACCAGCCGGGUGAGGGAGAGGCCAAUAGCACCCGAGCCACCGUGCCUUUCCCCUUCGACAUCAAGACCCUCAUUAUUGCCACCACCAUGGGCUUCAUCUCCUUCCUGGGCGUUGUACUUUUCUGCCUGGUGCUUCUGUUCCUCUGGAGCCGGGGCAAGGGCAACACAAAACACAACAUCGAGAUUGAGUACGUGCCACGCAAGUCAGACGCGGGCAUCAGCUCCACCGAUGCACCCCGAAAAUUCAACAUGAAGAUGAUAUGAGCAUGGGUCGGGAUUCCCUCCCUGGUCCUGUGCCACCCAUCCCUGUCCCCUCUCCUGUGUUCGACUGCCCCACUGGCCCUCACCACCUCCCUUCUUUCUACCAGGACCUCAGAAGUUGGGCCUGGGGAACCCGCAGCACAUAUGGACAGACUGAAGUCAGAAGCUGAUGAACAUGCAGCAGUCAAUAAUUCAAUUUAAAAAGUUACAAACUUCCUCUGUAACUUGGGUUUCAAUAAUUAUGGAUUUUUAUGAAAACUUGAAAUAAUAAAAAGAGAAAAAAACUA